GCUGAUGGGUCCUCCUGGGGGGUGGGAGGAGGAGGAGAAAAGGCGUUGUGUGCACUCGAGGAUCUGCCUCGUCCGCUUGAUAUUUAUUUAUUUCCAUCCUCCCUAGAGCUGGGCAGGUGGGCGGAAAGGAGGGCGCAGAGCUGAGCAUCCAAGCAGGGAGCGGCUGAGACGGAUGCCCCGGCAGGCUCGCUAGCUCGGCCUCCUCUCUCCACGGUCCCAUUUUUUUGUGGGUGCUUGGGCAUGGAUUUCAACAUGAAGAAGCUAGCCUCCGACGCGGGCGUUUUCUUCACCAGGGCUGUUCAGUUCACAGAGGAGAAGUUUGGCCAGGCCGAGAAGACAGAGUUGGAUGCCCACUUUGAAAACCUCCUGGCCCGAGCAGAUUGCACCAAGAACUGGACGGAGAAAAUCUUACGUCAAACUGAAGUCCUCUUGCAGCCAAACCCUAGUGCCAGAGUUGAAGAGUUCCUUUAUGAGAAGUUGGACCGAAAGGUGCCCUCUCGGGUCACCAACGGGGAGCUCCUGGCUCAGUAUAUGAUUGAGGCAGCCAAUGACUUUGGCCCCAAUUCCCCUUAUGGGAAGACCCUCAUCAAAGUUGGUGAAACAGAGCGGCGCUUGGGUGGAGCAGAGAGGGACUUCAUCCACUCUGCCUCCAUCAACUUCCUCAGCCCUCUGCGCAAUUUCCUGGAGGGUGACUGGAGAACUAUUUCGAAGGAGAGACGGAUCCUGCAAAACCGCCGUCUAGACCUGGAUGCGUGCAAAGCAAGGCUGAAGAAAGCAAAGGCUGCAGAGGCCAAAGCAGCGGCUGUGCCUGACUUUAACGAGACUAGACCACGUAAUUACAUUCUCUCCGCCAGCGCAUCAGCGCUUUGGAGUGACGAGGUGGAAAAAGCAGAACACGAGCUCCGGAUGGCCCAGACUGAGUUUGACCGGCAGGCAGAAGUGACCCGUCUCCUCCUGGAAGGGAUAAGCAGCACACAUGUCAAUCACCUUCGCUGUCUUCAUGAAUUUGCUGAAGCUCAGGCCACAUACUAUGCCCAAUGCUACCAGUACAUGUUGGACUUGCAGAAGCAGCUGGGAAGUUCCAGAGGAGAAAUGCUUCCUGGAACUUUUGUGGGCAACGCAGAGUCCACCUCACCUCCGCCAGCCACUGCCUCACCCACCACCAUUGCUGCAGGUGCUGCCACAGGCCCAGCUGUACCCAUCAUUCCAGUGGUGCCCACUGUCAUUGGAGCACCUAACUCUGCCCCUGCUGUUGAAGCCCUGAACCCCAGUGAUGUGAAGCCCCCUGCCAGCGGGACACGGAAGGCCCGGGUCCUCUAUGACUAUGAAGCCUCAGACAGCACUGAGCUGUCUCUGCUCUCAGAUGAGAUGAUCACUGUGUACAGCCUCCCAGGGAUGGACCCAGACUGGCUCAUAGGAGAGAGGGGCAAUCAAAAGGGCAAAGUCCCUGUUACCUACUUGGAACUUCUCAGUUAAGCACACCUGCCGAGGAUCCUCCAAGCAAGUCACACACCUUUCCCGUGACCUGCCAUAGUUUUUCAGAGGCUGCUGACUACGUAAUUCCAUCUAAGGCCAUUUGCUCUCUUCUGGGUCAGAUUUCCCCCCCAUCUGUGUUUGGAUUAAGGCACAGAGAUGACCAAUGAGCUUUCCAAGGCUUUUAAGAUUGACUCUGUCAACCAUUCCCACAACUGGCUUCUAGAGUUGGUGGGACCCAACUUGGAUUCCCUCUCUGGUCCAAUAAGCCCUUUUGAGGAUGGCUGACAGGUGAAAUGAGGACUAGCCCCUUGCUUUUUUCCUCCUCCUUCUUGUUUCUGCUGCAAUUAUUUGGGUCAAACCAAAUGGAAUUAAUGGAAGUCACCUGUAAUA